GGGGAAGGAUACUGUAAAGGAUGGAGUGAGCUCCCAUCCUUCGCUCCAGCUCCUGGUGGGGACACGACACUGGGUAUCCCCAACCUGGACUUUCCCCGGACAGCAGUGAUGUCACUGGCUAAUCCUUUCAAUCCAGAAGCACUUCAAUGCUUUUGACAUGAGUGCGAUGUGACCUACAUUUAUUGAUGACUGGAAGUUUCUUAUGGACUUUUUGCAUAAAAAUGAAAAAAAACUUGUGAUUUAUAGCUUUGAUUAUUAGGACAGAUAGAUUAUAGAAAGAAGAAGAAUAUGUUGUAAUUUUAAAGAAUUUGAUUUCUAACUUUUAUAUAACUUAUAGAAGAAAAACUGUUUUAGAAGCAUUUUGUGUGCGGGUGGGUGCAUUUUUGAGAAUGAGAAUCUUAGAAUGUCACCAAGUAUCUGUAAAGCAGGCUUUGUAACCUUAACCAAAAAAGACUUUUAUUGAUAAGAAAUACAUUAAGGGGACAAACAAAAAUUAUUUUCAAGCCUACCAGAAAGUGUGCCAGAAAGGAAGCUGCAAUCAGAAAGUCAUCAAAUGUUGAAAACUGCUGGAUCCUGGAACCAUGAGCACUUGGUAACUAAUGUUAUCAGAUGCCUCUUUAGACCUUGCCAAACUUUCAAGCAGAAUUUCUUUAUGCGUAGCUGGGGAUUGAUUUUUUAUUUUAUUUUAUUCUUUUUAUUUAUUUUUUCUUGAGAACACUAAGAUAAUUGUUGUAUUUUGUUCAUGAAAACACUUGUUGCAUUUGUUUUACUGUCUCUUAUCUGGUGAGUUUCUUGUACAUGUAUGAUGCUAAGUCAAAGUUAUUAAUUAUGAUUUGCUGAAUAAGCCACUUUAAAAAAGAGCAGUAAACCACAAAAAGGAGCCUGUUAGCAAAAGGGGGAAUCCCCCCCACCCUGCAAAAGUGACUCUGGAGAGAAAGGAAGGUUACUGAAAUCUAGUAUGUACUGGCUUAACAGCUUAUACAUUUCUUAUUAUCUCUGAUAACUUUUUUAGAAAAAGUUAUGUUUCUGAUCAGAUUGCGGAAUAGAAAGUAAUUGGUUGACUUCUUCUAUCAAGAAUGGGAAAUUUCCCAGUUACAGUGUCAGGUAGUUCAAACUGACUUCAUUUCAGGAACUGAAUGCUGCCUUUGUCUCUUCUAAUAUGUUUCUUAAUAAAGAUAUUUCUACUUUCAGGAAGUUUGAGUACAAAGUAUAUAAUGUGGUAAUCACUGUGUUUAGCAAUCUACUCUUCCUCUAGAGUAGCUGGUGAUGUAACAGGUAAAUUGUCACUCACCAAAUAACCCCAUCCCUCCCUUCUUAUUAAGCUAAACAGACUUCCCAUUUGGUAUCAGUCUGAGCCAGAAUCUGGCUCUGCAAGCAUGGUUGCCUUCCAGCCUCACUUUUGGGUUGUCUUCCUGACUGGGGCUAUUCUUGGGGCCUCUGCUGUGGAAACAUUCCUUGCUGCCAUCUAUGAGCAUGCUGUUAUACUUACAGGACCCACCCCCAAACUUGUCUCUCCAGAAGAAGCCCUGAACUUAAUGAACAGAAAUCUAGACAUCUUAGAAGAAGCCAUCAAGACAGCUGCUGAACAGGGAGCCCGUAUCAUUGUGACCUCUGAAGAUGGCAUUUAUGGGUGGGUCUUUACUCGGGAAACAAUUUAUCCUUAUCUUGAGGAUAUACCAGAUCCUGAAGUAAACUGGAUUCCGUGCAAUGAUCCAGAAAGGUUUGGAUUUAACCCAGUGCAGAAAAGGCUUAGUUGCAUGGCAAAGAAUUAUGGCAUCUAUGUGGUUGCCAAUAUGGGCGACAAAAAACCGUGCAACUCCAGUGAUCCUAAGUGUCCCAGUGAUGGUCGCUAUCAGUACAAUACCAAUGUUGUUUAUGAUUCAGAAGGAAAGUUUCUGGUCCGUUAUCACAAGUACAACCUUUUUGCCUCAGAAAUCCACUUCAAUUUUGCGAAGGAGCCACAGUUUGUCAACUUCAACACCUCCUUUGGGAAGUUUGGUGUUUUCACUUGCGCUGAUAUGCUUAACUUUCGUGAACCUGCCAUCUCAUUGGUGGAAAAAUUCAAGGUGGACACCAUCCUUUUUCCGACUGCUUGGUUAAAUACUCUACCCCUUUUGUCUGCUGUUCAAUAUUACUCAGCCUGGGCAAUGGGAACGCGUGUGAAUGUCCUUGCGGCUAAUAUACACAAACCCAGUUUGGACAUUACUGGUAACUACAAUCUUUAUAUGCUUGGUUUAAAAUUAGAUCUUAAUAUGUGUAAUGUGUAUAAAUGAAUACAUACUAACGACUGGGUUCACACGUCAGAGAAAAUCAUAAGGUGGUUUGUUUGUCUUUACAUCUUGUGUGCCUUC